GAUCUUAACAAGACUGUUCUCCCAUUCAUUCAUUCAUUUCUCAUUCUUCGUACUCUUAACAAACACUGUUCUCGCAUCCAUGGCUUUAGACGGCGUUCUCCUCGGAAUGUGUAACCCUCUCCUGGAUAUCUCUGCCGUCGUCGAUGAAAACUUCUUGAAUAAAUAUGGUAUCAAGUUGAACGAUGCAAUUCUCGCCGAGGAUAAGCAUAAGCCUAUGUACGAAGAAAUGGCUGACAAAUAUAGUGUGGAGUACAUUGCCGGAGGUAAUACAGUCGAUCCGAAUUAUUGAAUUUCAUGUCAUGGAUUAUUGCUUUACUAGGUGCUACUCAGAAUUCAAUCAGAGUUGCUCAGUGGAUGCUUCAAGUACCUGGUGCCACAAGUUACAUAGGUUGCAUAGGAAAGGACAAGUUUGGGGAGGAGAUGAAGAAGAAAUGUACACUUGAUGGCGUAAAUGUUCACUAUUAUGAAAUCGAUAAUACACCUACGGGAACUUGUGCUGUUUGUGUGGUUGGUGGUGAAAGGUCACUCGUUGCCAACUUAUCAGCUGCAAAUUGCUAUAAGUCUGAGCAUUUGACGAAACCGGAAAAUUGGGCAUUAGUUGAAAAGGCCAAGUAUUACUAUAUUUCUGGCUUUUUCCUCACUGUAUCUCCAGAUUCCAUACAAUUAGUUGCUGAACAUGCAGCUGCAAAUAACAAGUUCUUCAUGAUGAACCUUUCUGCCCCCUUUAUCUGUGAGUUCUUCAAGGAUGCUCAGGAGAAAGUUCUGCCGUAUAUGGACUUUGUUUUUGGAAAUGAAACUGAAGCAAGAACAUUUUCUAAAGUUCAUGGCUGGGAGACUGAUAACGUCGAAGAGAUAGCUAUAAAAAUUUCAAAGUGGCCGAAAGCAUCAGGAACACACAAAAGGAUUACCAUUAUAACACAGGGUGCAGAUCCUGUUUGUGUUGCUGAGGAUGGGAAGGUGAAAUUGUUCCCUGUGAUACUAUUACCCAAAGAGAAAUUAGUUGACACAAAUGGAGCAGGAGAUGCGUUUGUUGGAGGAUUUCUUUCACAAUUGGUUAAGGAGAAGCCCAUUGAAGAAUGCGUGAGAGCUGGGUGUUAUGCCGCAAAUGUUAUUAUUCAAAGGUCUGGCUGCACGUACCCAGAGAAGCCUGGUUUUCAUUAAGUGAUUCUCCCGAUUCUGUUAUUUUUAUGAAGUUUUGAUCAUUUAGUCACACUCUAACUGGUGUGGGAUUUUUGUAAGUCCCCCGGCUAGGGAAAACAGGAUGAAAAAGUUGCAAGGGGAGAGACAAUUGAAAUAAGUGUGCGUAUUUGAAGUCCUAAUUGGACAUCAUUUCUCAUUUUUCUGUUUGUUAUCACUUCUCUUUUCUUUUUCCUUUUUGGUUAAACUUUUAUGAUG